AUUCAAAUUUGUUUUACGCACUUUCUAUUCGCUCCAAAAAGUCUCGAAAAUGUCUAUCAAGCAAUUGUUAGCUAAGCUCAAGCCCACCAAGGCUCAAAAGACAAUGGUCGCAGUCUUCAUACCAUCUGCAGCCACCUUUGGCAUGGCUGCUGGACUGGCCAUCAUCUAUUUUACCGACUGGCGUCUCAUAACCAACUAUAUACCACUCUACAAUACCAAAUAUCCCAAGGAGCCACCCAAAUAGAUACCCAGUAAAUACCCUGUAAAUGAAAUUGCAUUUAAGGUCGGCCUCUCAACAAUUUAUUUCUUGUGACUGCUUAUUAUAAAACCUCAAUGUAUACUGACUGCCGAUUGAAGGUCUUUCGCAUAGUUCAAUAAACAGUUGAAUUCUAAAAUUAUUCAUGUACAUA